UAAAUACAGUAAACCCGCACAACAUAAUCUCCACCUGAACAUAAUCCUCUCUCCCUCUUCCUCUCUAACGAUCCAGUACUGCCAGCUUCGAAGGGGGUGAUUUAUUAGCUUAAGAAACGCUAUACUUUUCUCUGUUGAAACACGCCCCCGGUUCCGUUAGGUUGCUGACCUGAAAAUUGAGAAAAGGAGUACUGGGAAUCAAAAUGGAGAACGGUUACAUGAGUACUAGAGUCUGCGUCACUGGAGGUUCUGGAUAUGUUGGUUCCUGGCUUGUUAAAAUGCUUCUGGAGAAAGGUUAUACUGUCCAUGCAACGCUGAGGAACUUGGGUGACACAUCGAAAGUAGAUCUCCUAAAGUCCUUCCCUGACGCAGACAGCAGAUUAGUGCUAUUUCAAGCCGAUAUUUACAAUCCCUCUGAGUUUGAACCUGCUAUUAAAGGCUGCGAAUAUGUCUUUCACGUGGCCACCCCGAUGCUACAUAACGCCCAAAGCUCCCAGUACAAGGAUACACCCGAAGCUGCUGUUGCCUCUGUCAGGAUCAUCGCGGAUUCAUGUAUUCGGUCACAAACCGUCAAGCGACUCAUCUACACUGCCUCUUUCAUGGCUUCAUCACCAUUGACGGAAGAUGGAGUUUCUUUUAAAUCUUGCAUGGAUGAAUCGUGCUGGACACCUCUUGAUCAUAUCCCAGCCCUUCACGCUAGUGAUAUUACACCGGGAUACACUAAGUCAAAGAUAUUAGCAGAGAAAGAGGCUCUGAAGUAUAAUGAAUACGAGAACGGCAAGCUUGAAGUUGUAACACUUCCUUGUGGCCUAGUGGCAGGAGAAACUCUUCUUCCAUAUGUACCUACAAGUGUGGAAGUACUUCUAUCACUACUCACAGGAAACUUGUCCCCCUUAAAUGUGUUAAAGUUACUGCAAAAAGUUUGGGGUGCAAUCUUUCUUGUACACGUUGAAGAUGUUUGUCGAGCACACAUCUUCUGCAUGGAAAAUCCAUCCAUGAAAGGUAGAUUCCUCUGUGCUGCUUACAAUCCAACCAUCAGAGAAAUUGCAGUUUACUUUCAGGAAAAGUUUCCGGAAUACCAGAUUCCAAAAGAAUUCCUGGAAGGACCAAUUAAAGGAGUCGGAUGGGAUUCUGCAAAGCUGAAAAAAAUGGGUUUCGAGUAUACAUACGACGAGGGAAAGAUAUUGGCUGACAGUGUGGCCUGUGGAAGAAGACUUGGAGCUCUAGCUAAAGUUAAUAAUUCUAUUUAAAAAACUUUACACCAUACACAAUUUAUGUAACAUAAUUUGAUUUGAAAGAUCAAUUUUAAAAAUUUAAAUAUUACAAAUCAAAUUAUGUUAUAUAUAUAAUGUGUGGUGUAAAUGCUUUCAAAUAAUAUUAUUCGUUUAGAAUAAUUCUUCUUGGGUGCAUAUAAGACUUGUCUAGCUAUAUAU